CAGCCAAUCAAGUCAUCCUGCGCGGCUUUUCUCGCCCCCUCGCGACUCAUUUUGCGAAGGAGAGAUCGAGCUACGAGCUAUCCCGACGGAAUAGUCAGCCACCGAGGAACCGUUCAACCAACCUCGUGUUCCUUCCUUAGAUAUCCCAACUAGCGGAGUACUUAGCACCCCGAUAUAAAAAUGGCAGUCGACGAUGAUAGAAAACGCAUCGAGGAUGAAAAGAAGAGGAAGCAGGCAGAGACCGACAGGAAGAGGGCCGAAGUUCGUGCCCGCCUGGAGGAAGCCUCGAAGGCCAAAAAAGCGAAGAAGGGUUUCAUGACACCGGAGAGAAAGAAGAAGCUCAGGUUGCUGUUGCGUAAAAAAGCUGCCGAAGAAUUGAAGAAGGAGCAGGAGAGAAAAGCGGCCGAGAGGAGACGCAUAAUCGAGCAGCGUUGCGGAAAGCCGAGGCUCGUCGACGACGCCAACGAAGAUACUCUAAAGCGCGUGUUGCGAGAGUACCACAAUAGGAUCAUUGCGUUGGAGGAUCAAAAAUUCGACAUCGAAUAUAUCGUUAAGAAGAAGGACUUCGAGAUUUCCGAUCUCAAUGGACAAGUGAACGACCUCCGAGGUAAAUUCAUGAAGCCAACCUUGAAAAAGGUCUCGAAAUACGAGAGCAAAUUCGCGAAGCUCCAGAAGAAGGCCGCCGAAUUCAACUUCCGUAACCAACUGAAGCAGGUGAAAAAGAAGGAAUUCACCCUCGAGGAGGAAGACAAGGAGCCGAAGAAAUCCGAGAAGGCAGAGUGGCAGACGAAGAAAUAAAGUUCUACGACGACCCGUUACUCCAACGAUACCUAAAUACAUAUAUUUACAAGCGAUCGUGUUGCAAACAUCUCAACCGCGAACGAGCUUUCGCAGAUGAAUAUUUUCUCUUUAGUAUUUCCUUCGUAAUCGUCUUAAUAUCGAUUUAUUACAUUUCCGAACGAAUUAAAAGAGAAACGAACGAUUCAACGCUUUGCCAAAUCUCAUUAUUCGGUCGUGUCUGCUUCGUCCAUGAGUGCGGUGACAUUUAUUUUUCAGCGCGUUCUCGAUCGUCCCAAGCUCGUACUUUAUUCUUUAAAUCUUUACUGUAAAUAUUCAUUGUCUAUGUGUAACAACGACUCUACGUUUCUUCUGUUAAAAAUUUUAUAGCCUAACGUAUUAUUUAUCUUUGCCUUCUGUUUUUUUCUCUCUAUAUUUAUCUCACUGCGAACUUACGAUUCUUAUUUAUCGCUCUCUCUCUCUCUCUCUCUCUCUCUUCUCCAAUUGCGACUCGAUGAAUAAAAUUUUCAUUCGCGAGAUUCUUCAUCUAAAUAACGCUACGAAAAAACUUUCCUCGUGAG